ACUAAUCAUGUCUCAACCACCGAGUUAUGCACCCACCUCCACCACCAGCUACACGGUGCCGACAACUAACUACCACAAGGAGGUAACACGAGCAUCAUUGAUAUCCUCGCCGCUCCACAAAGAUGUGUACAACUCGCUCGCAGAGAUAUACUCAAUUCUCUCGGUGCUAGAGUUGAUCGAAAACUCGUACAUAAAGGACUAUAUCACUGAUAAAGAGAAGUACACAUCGACAUCGCUACGUCUCAUCAACCAGUAUCAGAUCAUAGUAAACGGAUUCAAGGAAGAUCAGGCAAAAAUAGACAUCUGCAAUGCUUUAAUGACCAAUUUGAACGGAAAUUUUGACGAGUUUCUCGAGUGUUUUUCCCAAAUGUUCAACCCAGCAUGUCCGUUGGCAAUCAAGAGAUUGACAAGCGGAGUACCUGUAACCAUAAGAGGCCAGGACCAGGACAUCGGAAGCCAAAUGUCGACUAGAACCAAUUCUACACCCGUGAAUGGACAGCUGGGAUCGAAUCAGAACGCUAGAUUGAUAGCAGAAGCCACCAGUAACUUCAUAACAUGCAUGGAUGCCUUGAAGUUGAACUACAAACAUAAGGAUCAACUUCAUCCGCUUUUAUCGGAGCUCGUUAUCAAUCUUAAUGAGUUGACUGAAGAUAAUAAUAAUCUCGACUUCCAUGGAAAGUCCAAGUUAAUUACUUGGUUGAUAAAGCUAAACAAUUUGCAGGACAAAGAGUUGCCCAGCGAAGAGAUCGAAGAGUUUCUUAAUGACUUGAACAUUGCGUAUAAAAACUUUUAUCUGAAAUUAGAAUAGUUAAGAAGAAUAUAAUUAUACUGGAUUUCUAAAUAAUCGACUCUAUUUGCUCUGCGUAGUUCAACACAUUGGUGAUGAUCUUGUUGGAUUUGUCGUGUUUGAAUUCGUCAUUAUCGUCAGUGGAGCUGUUGAAGAACACGUAUCCAUUCUUAAACGUCCAAUUCAUGCCCAAGUCUUCCUUAAGAGACUCUUCAAAGAUCAUAUCGGAUUCUUCUUGGGGGAAGUAGAGUAAGUUCUUGCAGUUGCUGAUUGGGAUCGUGGCGUAUGUUUUUUCCAAAGACUUUGCAAUUUCAUACCGUAAGGCAUUGACCAAGGUGUCCACAAACAUGAUGUACUCCUUACAUGGAAGGUUGUUUUCGUCGUUCAAUAAAUUCCAAAUCUUGAUAUAGUUCCCUUCCAUCAAAUGCUUUUCCAAGUUGAUGGGGAACUGUAAGUACUUAUCAGAGUCCAAGUCAUACUGCUGGAAGAAUGUCAAGUGUUCUACCUCGAUGUGAAACUUCGAGACCAAUCCCUGCGACAAUAAUAAGAGUAAAUACAACGAGAUAAUCUUGGUGGAGGUGGUGUUGUGCUCUUUCUUCAAGUGUAUCUUUGAAUUGGAGUAAAAUGGCUUCAAAUGUGAGUAGUAGUUUUCAAACACUUGUGUUUUGUUCAACAACAACGACGACAAGGCCCCGAUUUCCAAGAUCUUCUGGCUAAUUUUGAAAUCAUUUAUCUGGUCUUUGGUGGUGGAGUCAGUGGUGAUGGGUACCAACAAGUUGUGCUUAAUCAAUUCGAUUUUCAACGGAACCAACAACUGCUGGCAUUUCUCGUAGUCCUCUUGUUCGAAAGUGCCGUACAACUCUUGCGUGAUGGAUUGCAAAGACAUUACGUUUGUGGUUGGGUUUCGCCACUGGUGAGUUU